AUGAACGACGGGCCUAGACCUACACUCACUCAGCACCCAUUCUCAUUUCCCAUUGGCGACAGAUCAGAGUCUGUCUCUUUGUUUGCACCGGUUUCAUUCCCAUUCUCAAGUCCACUGGAUUUGAGAGGCCCAGGCAGAACUGUUUCGUUUUGCAAUCCGGAAAACGAUUCGGUUGAUACACAAACCAUAAACUCUCCACCAAUAAUCAACAACAACAUAUCGACAGAUCGCUCGGCGGUUUGGUGUCAUUCGUCUCGUGGUGGCGGCCGAGGUUCGAAAUCUGAUCAAGACAUUGUGGAGGACGCCACAAUGGUGGUGAUGCCAACCCACUACGUCAGUCGUGGUUGCGGUGCACAGCAGUUGGCCGCGGUUCGGUGUCAUUUAGAGACACGCGAUUUGUGGGAAAAGUUCAACGAGCUAGGCACCGAGAUGAUUAUUACAAAAUCGGGAAGAAAACAGUGGUCGCCGAUAAAGAUGAUCGCCUUAUAUUAUUUAUGGGUGACUUUCCUCAUGGACAUUGUGCCUGUAGAUUGCAAACGCUAUCGGUAUGCGUAUCAUCGUUCCAGUUGGUUGGUUGCCGGCAAAGCAGAUCCCGAAUUGCACCUGCGUCAUUAUGUACAUCCGGACUCACCGUUUACGGGGGAGCAAUUGAUCAAACAGACAGUUUCAUUUGAGAAACUCAAAUUGACCAACAAUGUCCUCGAUCGCCAUGGUUAUAUCAUACUGAACUCGAUGCACAAAUACCAGCCUCGAGUGCAUUUGGUGCGACGUUCGGCCGUGGAUGCGUUGACCACAUUGCCAAGUAAAUCACUGGACAGUUUACGUCCGGACGAGAUCAAGACAUUUGAAUUCGCCGAGACAGUGUUCAUUGCUGUCACCGCCUAUCAGAACCAGUUGGUAAGUGAUUCAGUACACAAGUAUUUCAAGUAUUCUUCCAACCAGCCUCGUACUAUAUCCCGGGAUUAUUUGAAGAGAAACCAAACUAGGCUUAUGAAAAGCAUGUAUGUGGAUUGUGAAAAGUUCAUAAGCCUCGGUGGGAUUCGAACCCACGCAUGGAUGCGGCUUACGCUUUGA